AAUAAUGGCGACCGGUUAGAUACUCAGCGGCUCCCGGUCCAAACACAGCGCUCACCCAGCACACACCUCCGGUCAGCUAGCGGCGGACCGAGCAGAGGACCGCGGAGCGGGGAGACCACGUUAAGCGGGGAUAGCGGCGCCGGGACUCGGGGACUUUUCUACCGGGUGAAAGAUGGAGGAACACCCCGGCGGAGGAGGAGGAGGAGGAGGGGUGGGAAUGGCCGCCCCGAGGCAGCCUCCCCCGCCGCAGCCAGGGAACAACAACAGCGCUAAUCCGCCGAUGGGAGCCGGGGGGACGGAUGAGGUGCCCCGGCCGCAGCAGUACACCAUCCCCGGCAUCCUGCACUACAUCCAGCACGAGUGGGCCCGGUUCGAGAUGGAGCGGGCCCACUGGGAGGUGGAGCGGGCCGAACUGCAGGCACGGAUAGCAUUUCUCCAAGGAGAGAGGAAGGGGCAGGAGAACCUCAAGAAUGACCUUGUUCGGAGAAUUAAAAUGUUAGAAUAUGCACUAAAGCAGGAGAGAGCAAAAUACCACAAGUUAAAAUAUGGAACAGAACUCAACCAGGGAGAAGUGAAGAUGCCUAGCUUUGAAGCAGAAGACACCAAAGACUCUGAGGUCUCUGCUGUUCCUGCCAACAGUCAGCUGACCUGGAAACAAGGAAGACAACUGCUCAGACAGUACCUCCAGGAGGUGGGUUAUACAGACACCAUCCUAGACGUGCGCUCUCAGAGAGUGCGCUCCUUGCUGGGUCUGUCAUCCUCGGAGCAGAACGGCUCUCUGGAAAACAAGAACCUGGAACACAUCCUGAAUGGAACAGACUCCCCCAGCAAGAGGAGAGACCAGGAACUCAAGAGGAGUCCAGGUGACGUCUUGGAGACGUUUAAUUUCCUGGAGAAUGCUGAGGACAGCGAUGAAGAUGAGGAUGGAGACCUAAUGGAUGAUAUCAACACUGACAAACAUCCCCGCUCCAAAAAACACAGGACCAAGGUUUGUAACGAGGGCUUGGCUUCUGAUCUACCAGAGGACACAGAGGAGGCACUGAAGGAGUUCGACUUCCUGGUGACAGCUGAGGACGGAGAAGGAGCAGGAGAGGCCAGGAGCUCUGGAGACGGGACGGAGUGGGCUGAGCCCCUGCCGUUUCCAUCAGGUGGCGGCAAGUCUUUCCUGUUGGGGGGGUCAGAGGACGUCCUAGAGAGCGUGCUGGGGCUGGGUGACCUGCUUAACCUCACAGUUGCCAACGACGACACGGACUACAGCUAUGAUCUGCCGUCCAGUAAGGAGUCUACCUUCAGGAAGACGUGGACUCCGAAGUUCACCCUACGCAGCCAUUUUGACGGCGUGCGGGCACUGGCCUUCCAUCCUGUGGAGCCCUGCCUGCUCACCGUGUCCGAGGAUAACACGCUCAAACUGUGGAACCUCACCAAGACCGUCCCUGCCAAAAAAAGUGCCUCUUUUGACGUGGAACCAAUCUACACAUUCAGAGCUCAUAUUGGUCCAGUGUUGUCUCUGGCAAUGAGCUCCAGUGGAGAGCAGUGUUACAGUGGAGGAAUCGACUCCACCAUCCAGUGGUGGAACAUUCCCAGUUCAAAUGUAGACCCCUACGACACUUAUGACCCCAGCGUGCUGGCAGGGACGUGGACGGGGCAUACGGAUGCAGUGUGGGGAUUGGCUUACAGCGGCAUCAAGAACCGCCUCCUCUCCUGCUCCGCCGAUGGAACGGUCAAGCUUUGGAACCCGCAGGAGAAGAACCCCUGCAUCAGCACUUUCAACACACAGCAGGAGCAUGGUAUCCCCACAGCAGUGGACUUUAACGGCUGUGACCCCGCCCACAUGGUGGCGUCGUUUAGUACUGGAGACGUGGUGGUGUAUGACCUAGAGACUUCCCAGCAUGCACUGGUGCUGAAGGGCCAGGGAGACAGCACUCUACCAGGAGCUAACCAUAUCAAUAAGGUGGUGAGUCACCCAACCUUGCCAGUGACCAUCACGGCUCAUGAGGACAGACACAUCAAGUUCUAUGAUAACAAAUCAGGUAAGGUGAUCCAUGAGAUGGUGGCGCAUCUGGAUGCAGUGACCAGUCUGGCCGUUGACCCGAAUGGAAUCUACCUGCUGUCAGGAAGUCAUGACUGCUCCCUGCGGCUGUGGAACCUAGACAGUAAGACCUGUGUGCAGGAGAUCACAGCUCACAGGAAGAAGAGUGAGGAGGCCAUCUACGACGUGGCCUUCCACCCCUCCAAGGCUUACAUCGCCUCCGCGGGUGCCGACGCCCUUGCCAGGGUUUACAUCUAGAGGAUAGACAGACAGACGGACUGAUGGACAGAGAGCGGGAAUCCACGUACAUAAACACACACACAGACAUACACACACACACACACAGCCCAGGGCUACAGUUAAUACAGACUGACAGACUGACGGAAAAACAGACAUAGACAGGGGGAAAGCCAUGCCAGUCUUUAAACUCAUACACCAAGAUGUUCCUGGCUGUCGCAUCUUGUCCAGGUCCAGAGGAGAGCGAGAUACAGGCAUGCUGACCCCCACCUCAGCGUGCACACACACACACACACACAUGCUCUGUGCCACUCUGAACAAAGAAACUAUACUGAGAGGUUUGGUUCUUGAGCUGGAGAGGACCUCCAUCAGAAGAUUGAACACACACACACACACACUUAUCUGUCUAGCAGGUGAGGUGGUCCAUCCGGCCUCCAGGCUGGCUUCAGACUACCGGACAGAGACAUCGGGAGGAGCCUCGGCCUGUCACUGCAUUCAGGAUGCAGACGGAGCUGUGUGAGCCUGUUGGCUCUGCAAUCAUGUGAUGUUUCUGCAACGCUCCAUAACACUGCAGAGUCCUGAACGCAACUCUGACAACACUACACUUAGAGCUGGCACCAACGCAUGGCUAUCCUCUCCUCUUCUCCUUUCUUCUCCUCCUCCUUCCACUUCUGGAUUUGACGCUCGCCUCACAUCCUUCAGCCGAUGGAUGAGAAGGGAGGAGUGAGGCAUUCUGGGUAUUGUAGCUGUAAGGGGAGGGGGGUUGAUGGAUCUCUAAGUUAUACUACUUUAGUAGUCACUUUUAACAGGUAACCAAACCAGCCAUCAUGGACGUCCUGUUCUGUUGUAAAUGGAACUUCUCCUCCAUCUGGUUGGUCAAACUGUUUGAGGAGGAACCCGUCUUCUGUGGUCCAGAUCGGAUUAUUUAUACAAAACAAUCAGAGCAUCGUGGCGUUUCUUUUACAAAUGUAAGAUUUUAGCUGGUAUUUUAUUAUUAAUGUCAAAGACUACGAAAAAACGUGAAAGAAAAUCUAUCUUGACUUUAGUUUUCCUACCUUUCAUUAGAUGAAAAACCAGUUUGGUCUUUGAUGAAACGCAGAGGACUGGACGAAGUCAGCCUGCUGAUUUUAGCAUCUAGAUGUUUCCUGAUAUCACAGGUUUAUCUUGUGUUGUGUUCUUAGCAGGGCUUUUUGAAGCAUAGUUCCACAGAUCUGGACCUCAGCGGACUGAACAUCAGAUUUUUGGUUUUCAUGGAAUUGCAGCUUGUAUAUCCUUUUGACGAGGUGUUUGCUGAUUGGCUGUCUUUUCUGUUGGUGGAGCUCACUCGUUGACUGCCAUACCUGUCGGGGGCGGGAGUCUGAUGGGAUUAGAGGAUUGGUUAGGAUGAUGACACCUGAGCCCCUGGUGGGCCAAUCCGAGCCCUGCGUUUAAGUCCCACCCACUCUACCAUCAAUGUAGCAAGAAAAGGAAUUGGGUCAAUCAGCUCCAUAUGUUUAGCAUUAGUUAAAUAUUGACAUUUUGUGUGUAAAAUAAAUCUAGUUUUUAUAAUCCUUUUUAUAUAAAUGUAAAGUCUCAUAACAUCACCACAAAUUAUGGUUUUUAAAGGGAAUUGUUCGUUCCCGUCCAAUCCUUCACAAGCAGUUAAUCCCUGCUCUUUUUAACUUCCUGUCGCAUGACACUCUGAAUGCUGCUUUGUUGGCAGGCAUAUGUUCUUCAUGUGACGGGAUCCCAUUAGAAACUAGUCUGAGACUCAGUUUGGAUUCGAGAACUGUAAAUUUAAAUUAAAGACAAGAAAAGAAGAGUUAGAGAGAGCAAAAGAGCCGGGGCAGAAGGAGAAGGCUGCUAGCUCACAGUCCUUUAGCCAAUAGGCUCUUUUCUCAGUGUCCUACGUAAAAUCAACAUCAGUAGCAGUGGUGGCUGGCCAGUAGAGGGCGCUGGGGCGCCGCCCCUUGAAAAUCUACUUAAACAUGUUAAAUAC